AGCAACACACUACAAUACUUCACUAGCAUUAAAGGCUCCUCUCCUUCCUCCCACCACCUCUCUCUCUCUCUUUCUGUCAACCAGAGUCCAAAGCUUCCAAAAUCAAACUCUCAUCUCAAUCUCUCCAUAUCUGCUGCCAUCUCUCUUUCUCUCUGCAUCCUUCGAAGCUCCAUUGCGGCGUCUGUCUUCGAUGCUCACUCUGUAGAGUGUAAAUGCGUUGUGUUUGGCUAUGGAUUUGUAGAUCUUUGCCUCAUUUUGUGGAUCUGCCACUUCACAUACGCGCAUUGUCCCACUUUUCUCUCUCAUAGGGUUUACGGCUGUACUCAGUCUUGGUUGCCUGCUGCUCUGUUUUGCUGUAUUUGCUCUUCGUUAUGUGUUCUCUCAAUGUGACUCUGCAAUGCCAUGACGUGGCUCGCCGGAACCCUAGCAACUUUCGUUGCAUCUCUGAUCAGGCUGCUGUUCUGCUUCGAGGUCGUCUUUGCUUCUGACCAUGGUCUUUGUGGAUUCUAGUUUGGCUUGAAAGAUGAUGCCAUUUUUCAUGCUGCUCCUUAUUUGCUUGCUUACCUUUGCUUUUACUUGUUCAGGGCAUCCGUUAUUGCAUAUACACUUGUCUCCUUCUUCUCAGCCAAAUUGGCAAUUAUCUGCAAAGGAAAAUUUGGUGGAACAUGGAAGGUUGUUUUCUAUGAGUGUGCCAUUUGUUCAAUCACAGCUGCCUCCAAAGCACAUGGUUAAGCCUUCUGUUCCACCUGCAAUUUCUCCAGUUUAUCAGGCAUCUGCUUUUGGUCCUAGCAAAGCUCCCAUACAUAGAUAUCAUAGUCAUCAUCAUCAUCAUCGUGUGAAACCUGUUGGGGUUGCUGGCCCUCCUUCUGAAGACCAAGGUUGUGAUCAAGUAUGCAUUGAGCCACUUACAGCAGCUCCAUAUGGCUCUCCACCAUGUGGUUGUGUUUUUCCUAUGAAAGUCAGACUUCUUUUAGAUGUAGCUCCUUAUGCUGUUUUUCCUGUAAUGGAUCAGCUAGAAAUUGAGAUUGCAGUAGGAACAUAUUUGGAACAAAGUCAAGUGAAAAUAAUGGGUGCCAGUGCUGAUAGUCAAAAUCAAGGAAAAACUGUUGUAGAUAUCAACUUGGUUCCAUUGGGAGAUAAGUUUGAUAAUACCACUGCAAUACUGACAUAUGAUAGAUUUUUGCAUAAGAAGGUACCUCUAAAUAACACUCUUUUUGGUGUUUAUGAAGUGAUAUCAAUUAGCUAUCCAGGUAAUAACCUCAUUUAUCCCCAAGUCUGUACUGUUUUACCAUUGUAUUACUGUGCAUUGGUUAUGACUUUAGAGUCUGCAACAGGGAUUCCUUCUUCACCACCAUACCCAGAUUACAUGGGGAAUGGUCCUAGUGGAAGUGCUGGGAAUCUUCCUAUUACUGCAAAUUUUGUGAGCAAGAGCCAGAAGAUGAAUCUUAGAACCAUUGCAAUCAUUGCUUUAUCAGCGUUUGUGGUCUUACUGGUUUUCACUGGGGCUGUCUUCAUUUGUAUAAGAUGGAGAAAGUUUGGAAGACCAUCAAGUGCAGUUGGUCCUACAUUUGCAGCAUCCAUAAAAAAACGAACUGGCAUUGGGUCUUUCUUGUCAAGUAGUAUUGCAAGCUCAACAUCAAUGUCCCUUGUGUCAACCAUGGCUCCUUGUGUGCUUCCUGUUAGAACCUUUCCAUAUCCUGAGCUUGAGAAAGCAACAGAGAAGUUCAGUUCAAAGAGGAUUUUGGGUGAAGGGGGGUUUGGACGUGUUUACCAUGGGAUUAUGGAAGAUGGAACUGAGGUUGCAGUUAAACUGCUUACACGGGAUAAUCAGAAUGGAGACCGUGAAUUUAUUGCAGAAGUUGAGAUGUUAAGUAGAUUGCAUCACCGUAAUCUUGUGAAGUUGAUCGGUAUAUGCAUAGAAGGACGCACUCGGUGCUUGGUCUAUGAACUUGUUCCCUAUGGCAGUGUUGAAUCCCACUUGCAUGGCUUGGACAAGACAAGUGGACCUCUUGACUGGGAUGCACGGUUAAAGAUUUCCCUUGGAGCAGCUAGAGGAUUAGCCUAUCUUCAUGAAGAUUCUAACCCUCGUGUAAUUCAUCGAGAUUUCAAGGCUAGCAACGUAUUACUAGAAGAUGACUUCACACCCAAGGUCUCUGAUUUUGGUUUGGCAAGGGAAGCAACUGAAGGAAGUCAUCAUAUUUCUACGAGGGUCAUGGGAACUUUUGGGUAUGUUGCCCCUGAAUAUGCAAUGACAGGGCAUCUGCUUGUUAAGAGUGAUGUUUACAGUUAUGGGGUUGUUUUGCUUGAGCUUCUAUCUGGAAGAAAACCUGUGGACAUGUCCCAACCUCCAGGGGAGGAAAAUUUAGUAACAUGGGCACGUCCAUUGCUAACCAGUAGGGAAGGAUUGGAGCAGUUGGUGGAUCCCUCCUUGGCGGGAACUUACGAUUUCGAUGACAUGGCUAAGGUGGCAGCAAUUGCUUCUAUGUGUGUUCAUCCAGAGGUGACUAACAGACCCUUCAUGGGUGAAGUAGUUCAGGCUCUAAAGCUAAUAUACAAUGACAUGGAUGAGACUUGUGGAGACAACUGUAGUCAAAAGGAGUCUUCUGUUCUGGAUUCUGACUAUAAAGUAGACCUUGCCCCUUCCGACAGUAGUUGGUGGAAUGCUGGCGGGAUAUCCCCUCGAAUAACUUAUGGGCAAGCGUCUUCUUUCAUUACAAUGGAGUACAGUUCCGGUCCACUUGAAGAGAUGGAAAAUAGACCGUUUUCAGCUUCGAGUUUGGUUGGGGAUCGGUUGUCUUUAGCUAAUAGGCAGGGGAACAGAUCAGGUCCCCUGAGAACAAUACGGAAUAAACCAGCAUUUUAUAGAUCAAGAGGAAGCAUGAGUGAGCACGGUGGGCUGCUUUUAAGACGAGUUUGGGACGAUGGAUAUUGGGUAUGAGGUUGCUUUUGAGAAUGGUUUCCAAGUGUACAGUUCUUAGGACCAAGAAGUCUUGGUUGAUGUAAUUUAGGCAUUUGGGAUUUUAUAUUAGUUUACAUGUUUGGAGAGACCUUUUCUUCUGAUUUUCAAAAUCUUGAUUCAUUAAUACACAAGUUGGAGAUGUAAGCAGAAUACAUUUUGUAUUCUACAUCUGUUUAAUUGUUUCAUAUGCAAUGUUUGGUAGGCUGUAAUGCAAUCAAAUUUUCUAUUGAGAUUCAAUAGAAAAUUUGCUUGCAAUACAGCGUACCAAAUAUAGUCUUAUAAUUUGCUGUUC